UGGGUGUUCCCUAUGAGGCGGUUCUUCACACCGCACGCGCUGAAGCUCUUUACAGAUUUCAGGAGGACGUCCUUUACCUUUCGCUUCAGAUGUUACAGAGUGUGCACGAGCGCUGCACAAGUUGCACGAGCGCUGCACAAGUUGUGUUUGUGUGUGUUGUGAUCAUCGGAGUGUGUUGUCAUCAUGUCGGACAUGGCGCACGAGCCGCCGGACUUUAAGGACAUGGGCGAAGAGGCGUUGUGGAAUCUGAUUAACGACAACAGACACUCGCUCUGUCUUGGCGUGCGCCCGUGCGUCAUCAUCCCGUACCUGCGGCAGGCGCGCGUGCUCAGCGACCUGGACCAGGACGAGAUCCUCUCGUGCCUCAAGUUUGACAACUAUAGUAUGAGAACCAGUCACAUGCUGGAUCUGCUGCGUAUUCAGGGGUGUAACGGAGCUGUGGCUCUGCUGGAGGGUCUGAUGAUCCACUACCCCGCUCUCUACACAAAGGUCACCGGCCGCAAACCCAGCACCGAGCCCAGCCGCUUCAGUGGGUUGAUAAAGUACUCGGAGCUGACAGAGUAUUUGGUUCGGGCCGUGACGGGGAUGCAGAAGGAGCUGCUGGAGGAGCGUCAGGAAGUGGCUCAGCUGCGCUCAAAGUGUGGCAACCUGCAGUCAGAGCUGGUGAGAGUUAAACAGAAAUUGGAGGAGCAGAAAAACCUGCAAACUGAACAAACACGCCUGCGGAAAUCCCACGCAGACAUGCACAGAGACCUGUUGAAGCUGAAGGAUGAAAAGUGUGAUCUGUAUGUACGAUACGCUGCAGCAGUGGAGGAGAAAUCAGAUGUGAACAUUCGUUGCAGAGAUCUUACUCUGCAGGUGUAUCAGCUGCAGUGUGAGUUGAGAAAGGCUCACACAGAGACAGAGUUUCAGAGACGUCGCUCGGUGAAGAGAAUGUCCUCCGUCGAGACACAGCUGCAUGACGAGAUCAUCACACUGCGCAGACAACUGCAACAAGCUGAGAAGAUCACACCAGCUCAACAAGACAUCCUGGCCCAGGAUUUGGAGGAAGCGAGGGAUCGGCGCUCUGAGCUCGCUGAAGAACUGCGGGGACUCCAAGACGAGAACGAGGCUCUAAUGAGAGAGAGAAACGAGCUGUUAGAGGAGAAGGACUGUCUCUCUCUGCAGGUGCAGAAGUUGACUCUGGAUUGUGAGAUGUAUCAGCAGAAACGCUCCGUGUUUCAGAACCAGUUAAGCGAGCUUCAGGCCGAGCGAGAUCGGGCGUAUCUUUCCCGGGACGAGGCACAGGCGCAGAUUGCGUGCAGUCUGGCGGAGAAGGACACGCUGAGAGCUCAGCUGGUGGAGCUCCAGGAGGAAAUCUUCACUCUCAGAGCACAGAAGACACAGAGAGGCUCGAGUCAGAGCAGCGUGAGCUCCCUAAGCCUCGACAGCGGUAGAGAGCUGAGCUGUGACAGUCCUCCUUCCAGCCCGAUGUACCGCCACCCGCUGUGCCGCAUGAACGCCCUGCUGCCCGGCUCCCCAACCGGCUUUGAGUUCAAUAAACAGUACAGUGAUGACGGCUUCAACAGCAACAGGUCCAGUUUGGCGGCGCCUCCUUGUUCCGAAUCCUUGCGCAGAAGAGAAAUGGACCUGGAGUUCAGUGAUCACAGUCCGGAGAGUGAUGAAUCUUAUUGUCUGCUCAACCUAGACAAUGACUCUGAGCUUCUUUGCAAAGACUUUUCAGGAAAGAGCGAAGAAUCACCAUCUCCUGACUCCCCAGAAACAACCAGUGUGUCUCGGGCUUCUGCUCCUCCGUUCCUGGUGCGUUCUCGUCCUCAGGCUGUGCGCAUCAUCGGUCGAGCUCUGACUCUGUCCUUCCAGGGGGAGGCGCUGCUGAGCCAGCUGCAGGUCAUCGGGGGCAACAAGACGGGUGUCUUCAUCCAUAACGUCACCCCGGGCUCUUCGGCUCACAGCGUGGGCAUCAGCUCCGGGUCACAAAUCCUGGAGGUGCAGUUUCAGACGGAGCAGCGAGCUCUCAGGAUGCAUCUGGAAGAUUCCACCAUGGAGGAGGCUCUGUGGGCGCUCGGGCAGGUCAACGGACCCUGCAGCCUCUCACUGAGACCUAAACAAGACGCCUAUCAGAAUCUUCUCCAUGAGCUGAAGAUUCGUGAGGUCACCUCAGGCGACUCCUUCUACGUCCGAGUGAACAUGUCACUGAAGGGGGGUGGGGCCGAGAUGCUGUCUGUCUCUUGUAACGACAUCCUGCAUGUGACAGACAGUCACUAUGGCAGCGAAGGUUACUGGUGGGCGAGUCACGUCCAUAGCUGCCAGCUCAUGGACCUGAAAAGUGGCUGUGUGCCAAAUUUCUACAGAGCACAGAGUCAGUUAAUCAGAGCCAUUGAGGAUCUUUCCUUUCAACAGGCACCCAGAAGGGUGGAGAGGGCACAGGUGAGGCAGAGGGCUGUGCGAAUCGUCAGUACAGCACAACAGGGCAGGAACCCGAUGUGGGUCAGUGUGGAAGAGGACAACACAAACUCAUCAAAAGAUGAGGGUAAGCACACCUCCAUGAGCCUGAUGCCCUACACACUGGUGACUCCUCACUACCCCCCCGUGUGCCGUCCCGUCCUCCUUCUUCCCACAAUCCUUAAGGGCAUCCUGCACAAGCGGCUGGCUGAGCAGAAAGGCUACCAGCUGUGUGAACCAGAGACUCUGAGUGAUGCAGAACACACGGUGCGCAUGCAGAAGGGCGAGAUUCUGGAGGAGUGUGAACCAAACACACACCGCUGUUACACUGUGCAGGGAGUCGAGAAGAUCAUGAAGCGUGGCACUCACUGUGUUCUCCCACUUGGGUUGGACUGCGUUCGGCGGCUGCAUCGCGCUGAGAUUUUCCCCAUCAUCAUCUUUAUCGCAUCUACAGAACGUAGUGCUGGCAGACUCAAACGUCGUCAGAAGAACAUAACAGAGUCUCAGUUGCUGGAGUGUUCAAGGAACGAGGAGCCGCUGCUGGACAAGCUGCCCUGUCUGUACCGCACCGUACCUCCUGAGAGCUGGGACAAGACCACCUCCCUGCUGGACAACCUGCAGCACAUCGUCCAGGAGGAGCAGCGCAAGAUCGUCUGGGUGGAGCCGGACCUCUGGUGAAGCUCGCUCGACACGACGACGUGUCACUGAGACUCACAACAGAAACACAACACAAACACUACACCGUUCAUCUCCUGACCAUCAUCUGUAGGUCACAGGACCAGCCGCCACUUUCCCUUCCAUGGUGUGUAAAUAUGUUGGAGAGGUUUUUAAAUCUGAGGGAAACAAACAGGUGGUAAAACAAGUGGUAGAUUCCUGCUGAAUACGUCUCUGUCUGGAUGAGAAGAGAAACAGACACAGAUCUUUUAUGAUGUUACACAUCUGCUGUAUGGUGCAUGAGGAACUGAGCUUAUUUCUUUAUUAUUAUUAUUAUUAUUAUUAUUAUUAUUAUUAUUACAAAUAUGUUCAUGUUAGUGAUAAUUGCUGCUGUUGGUUAAAAAAGUUCACUAAAGUUUAACAUCUUUUUUACUAUUCAAACUAUAAGUAACUAUAGGGUUUACUAUUUAAUAUUUUUAUACCUUCUUCUGUUUACUUUGAAGUAAUUCAUUCAUUCACUCAUUUUCUACCGCUUAUCUGAACUACCUCGGGUCACGGGGAGCCUGUGCCUAUCUCAGGCGUCAUCGGGCAUCAAGGCAGGAUACACCCUGGAUGGAGUGCCAACCCAUCGCAGGGCACACACACACACUCUCUCAUUCACUCACUAGGGACAAUUUUCCAGAGAUGCCAAUCAACCUACCAUGCAUGUCUUUGGACCCGGGGGAGGAAACCGGAGUACCCGGAGGAAACCCCGAGGCAUGGGGAGAACAUGCAAACUCCACACACACAAGGUGGAGGCGGGAAUCGAACCCCGACCCUGGAGGUGUGAGGCAAACGUGCUAACCACUAAGCCACCGUGCCCCCCUGAAGUAAUUCAGAUUAAUAUAAAGGAUUUGAUAGAGUGCAAUAAUCCCAGGAAUGUGUGUGUGUGUGCGUGUGUGUGUGUUUGCGUGCGUACGUGUGUGUGUAGGUGUGUGUAUAUAUAUGUAUAUAUAUACAUACAUAUAUAUAUAUAUAUAUAUGAACUAGGGUUUUCCCCUUCAUUAUCACACUUAAGCUUGUCCUAACCUUUAUUCCAGUACACACUCCUCAUGCUGUUGGGUUUGUGCUGAUAGAUGGUUGUGUUUAAAAGGAAAUAAUUUCAACAAUUUGUCCCAGUCUGAAGUUUUUUCUAAAGCUGAUCAAAAACCAGAUUAAAUGUUUACACUGUUAACAUCAUGUCUAAGUGAAACUCUGGACACAUCCGCUGUCUCUAGUGGUAUUUUUUUAAAUAAUUUAAUUUACUAAUUAAUAAAAUCAGAUUUGUUUUCAUUUAUAUCUAAAACUGAGAAUCGAAACGUCCUUUUUCUCCUGCAGAUAUUUCUGUUUACCAAUAAACUCUGGUCUGUUACAAAGAAAA